AGUAUUCUACUGCUGCAGCUGCUUGCCUUGGACGUGUGUGCGUAUACUGGGAUGCAGCCUAGUUUCUCAUAGGCUAUUAAGCCAAACGGCACUGAAAUAUCACCGCAAGUCAAAUCUAUCACGCCCGACAAAACGAUUGUUGAGGAGGUAGGUUCUCAUCAUGGCUGAGCAGCAGCGACAGCGCUCCCUCUCCACCUCUGGAGAAACACUUUACCACAUCUUGGGCGUCGACAAGUUGGCUACACCCGACGACAUCAAGAAAUCUUACAGGAAGCUGGCGCUGAAGUACCAUCCCGACAAGAACCCAGACAACCCUGAGGCAUCAGAUAAAUUUAAGGAGAUUAACAGCGCCCAUGCUAUCCUGACCGACGCCACCAAGCGCAACAUCUAUGAUAAGUACGGCUCUCUGGGGCUCUACGUGGCCGAGCAGUUUGGGGAGGAGAACGUCAACACCUACUUCGUCCUGUCCAGCUGGUGGGCCAAGGCCUUGUUUGUGCUCUGCGGAGUGGCCACAGGCUGCUAUUUCUGCUGCUGCCUGUGCUGCUGCUGUAACUGCUGCUGCGGGAAGUGUAAACCCAGACCCCCUGAGGGCCAGGACCCUGAGUUCUACGUCUCUCCCGAAGACCUGGAGGCUCAGCUGCAAUCAGAUGAGCGAGAGGCUGGCGGCGGUGAGCCCAUCGUGAUGCAGCCCUCAGCCACAGAGACCACCCAGCUGACGUCCGACGGUCACCACGCCACCUACCGGACCGACACCGGAUUUAACUAAUGCACCCUCCACCUCCAGCCUACCACACAUGGUCCCCCCUCCUCCCUGCUCCACUUGAGUGAUGAUGAGCUCGAGGAACGAUUCGUCCGAACAACAUUGAACGUGCCACUGACGGUGGCACGCAACCUGAACUUUUUAAAGACAUCCCGCCCCACCCCACCCCACUCCACCCCACCCCACUCCAUUCCUCCCCAGCCCUGCCCUGUCCCUGUCCUGCCAAUCCAUUACCACUUCCAUUUGUCCUUGAGUGGCACAUUACCCCCAUCUGUGUAGCAAAAAAAGGGAAGAAAUGAUAUUUCCUCUCCUAUCGUUUGCUGCCACUUCAUUUUGGCCUUUUGAUCCUGAUUUUGCCAUCCCACAAUCCCUUCCCAGUCCUGGUGUCCUGUAGCAUGUGCUGUUUGCUCAUUAGGUAGGGUCUUUCUCAUGUAUGUUUUCUCUAGUCGUAGGUGUUUAUGAAGGCGUGUGUUUUUCAUUCACCGCAUAUGCUCAUGUUGUGUCGUUCUGCGAGUACAGUAGGCUAUGCGGCAGGCUCUACUGGGCGUAGUGUGAGGUGUUUGGGGCUCAGGGAGGUAUUGGAUCUGAAGAGGAAACUGGUCCUUCUGUUUGUUGGUUUGUUUAUUUGUUUGUUAGUUUGUUUGUUUGUUUAUGCCCAAAGCUGCAUGCCGUCUCUUCCCUCACAUGCCCCAAGCUUUCAACAACACCUUCCUGGGAGACAAACCACAAAACACACAAAAAACAGGACACACACACACACACACACACACACAAACUUCUAUGCCAAUUUAUGCCAAAACACUGCUUGUCAUUCACAUGAGUUCUCAUGUUUUAUCCAGUCUUAUACACUUCUUAUUGUAAACUUGCCUGCAAAAUCAACUGGGUUGACUCAGCCCUGUUUCAAACAGCCCUUAACUUUUGUUCUUGCACUCAUAUUUUUACACUACAAUACUUAGAACACCAGAGAGACCUUAGGAUGGCUACUGUAAGACAACACCUUCUUGCAGAAGAUGCAGUGUGUGACAGUGUGCUGAAAGACGGAUCUUUACAAAGCACUAGCCAACCAACAGAUCAUGUUGUCGUGUUGUGACACAGGGGUGCGAGGGAACAGGAGACCCACAUUGCAGUGAUGCUGUUUGGCAGGUUAGGUGGGCAUGACUUUAUGUCGUGGUUGUUUUUGGCAUGCAGUUGUCUGACUGGUCUUACAUGAUGGCUCCUUCUUACGGUCAUAUUAUCUCUCGUUGUCUCUGAAUCCGGAGGAAAACCAUGUGUGUUUGUGUCAUUCCUUCCCUCCUCCACACCUCUCCCCUGAGUGUUGAGGAUUAUGCAUCAGAAAAUAAUACAAAAAAACAUGUAAAGAUAUACAAUAUACACACAUGAGGGAUGUGUCUGUAUAGUAUAUGUAUAUUUUGCUCAUUUUUACUUCGUAAUUGUUUGGAUUUAGUUUUUUCCAUUCAUAUUUAUAAGUGAGUUCCUGUUUGUAGUGCUUGUGAUUGUUUGUUCUUGCGAGUGCCACACCCCUCUGGUUGAUUGAAGCCUUGACAACCACUGGAUGGAAGAUUACAACAAUAAGGCAUCCUCUGUGUGGCAUCCUCUGUGUGUGACAAAGGCUGUUUACCAUAUAGUGCUGUAUCAUACAUUUGAAAUCAAUUACCACCAGUGUCUGAAGAGAUACCUUCAAAGUUUAAUAUACUGUAUACGGAUAUAAUUAUUGGAGUCAUUUCUUCUCAGGAUUGAGAACAUUAGAGCUUCAUUGGUUAAGGACAGGUCUUGUAAUCUGUGCAUCUGUUUCAUGGGAAUAUUUUAUCUUAUCAAGAACAGGAAAGGGGUUUGUUAUCAAAUGGAUGCAGUGGGUUGGGUUACAUGUGUCAAAAUGACAUUCACCUGUGGUUUUUGCACUGUUGGUGUACUCAUUCUUUAAUUGUGGUGAUGUUUAAGUAACCGUUGUACUUAGAUUUGGUGGAAAUAUAUGAACUGAUUAUUAUAAGAUUUACUUUACAGUAAGGUGAGGAUAUUCACAACCUCAUGAUCUAAAGAGACAUCUUAAGACUAAAACUCAAAAUGGCCAGUUGUGCAGUCUGAUGGGAAGAGUCCUCUCCCAACAUACAGUAGAUUAAGAGUGUAAUGUGUUCAGAUUGGGCACUGAUUUGACGUAACGGAACAUUCUUAUCACUUCCUCUUGUGUUCACAGCAGUUCAUUUGAAUUAUUUUUUGUCUCUAUGGAAAUGAGCUGAUUUUAAAUGUCUGCAGCCAAGGACCCCUGUCUGAUAUCUUUUUACACCAUGACAUAUUUUGUGUCAUCAGGCCACAAUAAGUACUAUUUAUUUUUUUCAAAUUUUGUGUUCCAUUUUUUGUUUCAUCAUCAUGUUGUAUAAUCAUGACAUUUUAUAAGGUGUAUAAUUGUUGGUGUUGUUUUCAUGUUCGUGAAGUGGAAUUCCUACGUACCGUAGGGUAGGUCCCCAUUAUGCUAUGGAGUACAGAGUAACAGCUUCCUCAUAAUCAGAUCACAAGUGAUCACAGUGAGUGUCAACCACUGGCAGUUCCUCCAGUGACCAAUAACAGAUGUUUCAAUAUGUAAUUUAAAUAUCAAUAAAAUGUUGAUCUCAUAAAUGUAAACACUGAGCCGCAGUUAUACGCAAGUCAUUUCAUUCUCAGUCAUUUAGUUGUCACAUCAUGUUUAUGUUGUAAUAUCUCAAAAGCUAUAAUUUAGUUAUUUUAUAAGAUGAUAGCCACCACAAUCAGAUUUUGGUCAUUUUCUAAUUUCCUGUUUGUUUAUUUAUUGUUGGACAUUGUUGUGAUUGACCACAAAAACCAGCCAUAUUCAGCCAUACGUACUCCUCUUUUUUUGUUGUUUGUGAAAUGCCAAUAAUGUGAGUUUGAACUGUUUACAAUGAGUUUGUGAGCAUUCCUCCUCUGCCUCCUUGCCUUCUCUAUUCUUCUGCUCUUAAUUACUUGCUCUCAGUGGUCGUUUUGGCCCCUGUGGUCCCUAACGUUGCAUUUCACACACUUUCCCCCCCAAAACAUCUGACAGCUACUACAGCUUCUUUAUCGAUAUGUUGGAAAAAUGCAACUUGUUUUGAGUUGAAUGCAAUGUGUAAAAAAGAAGUCUAUUGUACUGAAGAAAAAGAUCAGGAAAAAGAUUCUUUAGAAAAAAAGAGUCUUCAAAACGAAGACAGUGCUUAGUGUAAUAAUAGUGAUAUGGUAAGUUGAUGCGUUUUUUAUUUUAUUAUCUUAUUUUGUCUGAUGAACUGUCCUAGCUUCAAAUUGUAUGUAAUUUGGAUGUGGCGAAGCUAUGCUACCCAUGGUCUAAUGGUUAAGGUCUCAUGUACAUACACUGAAAUAUGAGGUAUAAUAACAGACCUUUAUGUUGUAGCAUGGUUAUUGUAUGUCUGGAAGAGAAAAAAAACAUUUAUCUGAUUUGCUGUUGUAAAAUAAAUGUUUCUGAACAUUUAAAAA